AUGAAAAUCCGUAAUCAAUCAAAUUUGAAAACUAGAGUAUUAAAAGAGUAAAGAACUGAAGAAAAUGAGGAAUUCAUCCAAAGAUUUUUAAACUACAAGACUCACAAUAAACAAUUUGAAUAUUGCAAUCUACAAAGGUUGGAAAAUUGCACAUUGAAAAUUUAUAAGGAAUCGUCCUAUUUUGGGUAGAUGGCAAAUGGAAAAAGAAAUGGAAAAGGUGUCUUGAUUUGUAACAAUGGGAGAACUUACGAAGGGCACUUUGAGAAUGAUAGGAAGCAUGGUCAAGGAUAUGAAAAGCUGCCAGAUAAUUCAAUCUAUGAAGGAAUGUACAUAAAUGGAAAACCAGAAGGAAUGGGCAAAUUUAAUUGGGCAAAUGGUGAAAGUUACGAAGGUGGUUGGUUAAAUGGUUUAAAACAUGGCCAAGGAAUUUGGGUUGGAGUGAAUAAAGAUUCUUAUAUCGGAGAAUGGAAAAUGGGAAGCCCAAAUGGAUAUGGCGUUUAUGUAACAGAAAGUGGAGACAAGUACGAAGGAGAGUUCCACAAUAAUCUCAAGCAUGGAUAGGGAAUUGAGUAUUUAUCCAAUGGUGACAUAUAUAAAGGACAGUAUGCCAAUGGAAAACCAGAGGGUCAAGGAGAAUACUCAUGGAAUUCAGGAGGCUAUUAUAAUGGAACCUUUAUGAAUGGAUUUCGACAUGGAAAAGGAACUUGGAUUAAGGACAAAAAUGCUUAGCAAUCUGAUUGUUAUGAGGGGGAAUAUGUCUAUGAUAAAAAAUGUGGAUUUGGUAUCUAUAGAUGGGAAACUGGUAGUAGAUACGAAGGCAAUUUCUUUGAAGAUAUGAGGCAUGGAUUUGGAAAGAUGUUUUGGAACGAUGGAUCCUAUUAUAGCGGUAUGUGGCAGAAGGGAAGUCAAAGCGGAGAAGGGGAAUAUUGUAAAAAAGGAGAACAACCAAAAUUUGGUAUAUUUGAGAAGAAUAUACUCAUCAAAGAGGAUUUUGAUAAAAUACGAAAAUAAGCUCCGUAAAUUAGGAUAAGAUAAUAUACAACAAGUCAAAGAAGCAUGAGAGCAAAUAGUUAUUAGGCUAAUAGUAACUUUGUUAAUAAUAGUUCAAUGAAUUAAGUGAUUUUGAGACCGACCAGUGUAAAACAACAAACUCAAACUAUUUAGAGUUAAGGCAAAAAUACUUUUUAAUCAAAGAAAAAAAGAUAAUUUUCAUUACAUAAAUAAUCUAUAGAUUUAAACUUUUGA